CUUAGUGUCGGUAGGGCCCACUAAGUGUAGUUUGAGUGUUUUGCAUUGUGGUAAGAAAUCUGGGCCGCCAGUCAGUAGUUUGUGGCAUCGUUUGUUCUGUUUGAGUAAAAGUGUGUUAGACAUAUACACCCUGAUACGUUCUUGUUCCCCCUUUUCUUCCAUCCUCGAGCUACGCUACGCCCCCCAAGCAAGGCGGUUCGUGUGGGGACCAUUGACCCAUUUUAUCCCCGGUCUAUUACAUGGUGGAAAGGCGCCUCAAUUGAACCACGUGAUUCAUAUCGAUCCAGCGUUGAUGUUAUUGACCGGCGUCUGCGGCUCGACAUUAGCCGAGGUGAAGAUAGAAGAACUGUCAACAGACGUGCUGUUUGAAAAACUUGGAGGAGUGGUGUACACAGCAAAUUCGUAUUCUGCGGUCAUCAGAUUCAAUUUGAGCUUGCUGCGGGAGCAGGAUUUGAAACUUGAAGAAGAUUUCAGGGUCUUAACAUCAUGAUUAGAAGGAGAGUCGGCAGCGAAUCAGAUGCUGUCCUCUUUCGUUGUGAGUUUAAGGAAAUUGCACAAAGAACUCUCGGAGUUCGAGGAGCAGACGGAUUCGCUUUUCGAUUUGCUGCCAUCAAAGAGAGCAGGGAAAAGGGGACUCUGCGACGGACUCGGGAAGCUGCUUUCUUGCGUUACGGGAGUGGUGGACCGAGACGAAGCGGACGAAUUACAAGCGAAUAUUCAAGAAAUGGAGGCAAAGGAAGGUGAUUUGAAGUUAGAAGUAUCCGCAAAUAAGCUAAUGGUGAAGAAUAUACUGGAACAAGCGGUAAACAACACGGAGGUAACGGGAUCAAUGGCUAGGAAGUUGUUUGUAUCGGACAACUCGAUAGCCGAAUUGAAAGAAUGGUCAGCUGUAGAAACGAAAUUAAGAGCUUUGAACUUUUGGGUGCAAAAGAUCAAGAUGGACAGAGGAGAACUGAGGUUGGGAUUGGAAAAUGCAUUAAAUAAAAGGUUGAGCCCUGAAUCACUCGCACCCAAAAAACUCAAGACAGUUUUGGAAGCAAUUGAGGCCUCAAUACCUAAACGAUUUGAAUUAAUCACGGAUAAGGAAGGAUUAGAGGAGUUUUAUGCUGUAGUUCAGGUAAUGGUCAAAAAAAUGGGGGAGAUUCUGGUGGUAACACUGGAAAUCCCUCUGAAGAAGGUUGGCCUAGACUUAGAACUGGUUGGGUUGCAUGCGAUUCCGAUCUAUUCCCCGGAAAUUUUACAUUUCGUUCAGGUAAAAGUGGAAGGUUACAUAAUAAUUUCGAGAGACUUUAAGUAUUUCACUCUCCUGAGUGAAAUAAGGUCCAGGAGUGUAGGAGGAGCCGGGACACCUGGCUGUGCGAGGUUUCGGAACCAUUGAUGGAAGGCACGGACCAGGAUUGUGAGUACGCCCUCUGCUGCCAUUUGGGGCUCGAGGCAUGUGAAAGAACGAUAAGAGCGGAGUCGUCGAAUUUUUACCAAAAAAUCCUGGGAGACUGGGUAUUUUCGGUGAAGAACGAGACGAAAAUAAGUAUGAAUUGUGACGGUGAGUACGAUUUCAAGUGGUUGAGGGGAGCGGGCGUACUAAAAGGUUCUGGUGGCUGUGAGUUGGGAGGGGACGGACGCCUUAUGUUGGGGGGUUCGAGUGUAACGAGCAUGGUUAAGGGUGAUUGGUGGACCCCUAGGUCUCCUGAAGGGAGUGAAUUAGGUUUGAUCUCGGGAAAAGAGAAGGAGGAGAUAAGAUUGGCGGGAGAGGAAGGAGACUUGUUGCAGAGGGUUCAAGCCUGCGUUAGAAAAGCGAAAGGUGACAUACAACUGAGUACGAUCCUGGGAGAGUGGAAAAGCGAGAGGGCGAGUAGACCGUGGAUUACACCUGCGACUCACAUGUGGUCGUUAUCAGCGGCUAUGAUGGUAUUCUCUGUAGUGGCUCUAGGGGUGGUCGGCAGGUUGUGCUGCUUUCUGAAGAAAACAGUUGACCUGGACGGCUAAUUUUCAGCUACAUGUUUUUUUUGUUUUUCUCCUCGCGGUCAUCAAGGGGACCUCAUGAGGGGUUUAGCUCUACAGUUUUUCCCCUCUCUUCUUUCCUGAUUUUUUAUU